GCGAAGUCUCUAGUCUGGCAACUCUGUGCCACCAGCUGAUCGUCUUCUUCUUGCAUCUAACUUUAUUGUGAAACUUUUGCAAAAACUAAUAAGUUAUUAAAUAAAGAGUCCAACAAUGGCACAAGUCGCUUUUCUAGACAACCUGCUUAGGGAAUACCUAGUUUUUCGAGGUUUCUCCAGCACCUUGAAGGCCCUCGACGUGGAGCAGCGUACUGAAAAGGACCAGCACUUCCGUGCGGAACGAAUUCUGGAGCAAUUCAACAAUGCAGUGCAAACGUCCGACCUUCAGGCUCUCAGGAGUUUGUGGUUUCACCUGGACAACAACAUAUUUUCCAAGCUGGAGCACACCUACGCCGUCGCGGUCAAGAAACUGGAAAACAGCCUCCUUAAAUACUACCUGGUGACCGCCUACAGCAGCAAUCGCCCUGAGAAGGUGUCCGAGUUCUUUAACAAGUUGGCAGGUGAUCUGCAGCAGCAAAGCGAGUGGAAGGAUUGGUUCUACUUUCCCUUCUGCAAGAACGCCGAGGAGUCGCCAACCUUUGCCCUAUUCUUCACUAAACAAUGGCAGGAUACGUUGCUUUUAUCGCUGCGUAACUUCCUGACAACCGUAUACCAGUGCCUGCCGCAGCCCACAUUCGUGCGUGCGGAGCAAGAAGCUGCCCACAUGCAGCGGCUUAGCGAAGACAACGCAGGACUACGCACCCGACUACUCAAUUUGCAGCAAGAGCUACACCAGAUGACCCAGCAGCAAUCAGGAACUGUGGCCGCUGGAGCAAGCGGAAGUUCUUUCGGCGGCGGGACCGAUAAUGGAGCCCGCCGACGCAGCGUAUAUCGCCAGCAGCAGAGCCUGAGCGACAUUCUGCCCUUCGACAUCAGUCCUCCCGGACACAUAGUCGACGAUUUCUGCAUCAUUGCCUCCGAGGCAAAUAGCGUGAGCCAGGCCAGUGACGCACAGGCACGAAGCCUCAAGCAGUUAAUCCGUAACAUCGGAUCGGGCAGCUCGCCUGUGAUGGGCCGCAAGGAUCAGACAGCCAGUUCCUUAGGCGAAAAGUCUACCAAACGCAGGUCCGGCAGCGUGGGACGCAGUUGGAUUUAGGAACCUACACAGGUAACUAUACAAUUAAAUUAUUUUUCCAAAAGGUUAUCCUCUCGAUUAGUAAUAUAAAAGCGGCGAUAUCAAAAUGUACCAUUUUAGUUUUUAAAUUAGUUAAUUCUUAGGCAUUCCACAUAUAUUAAACAUUUAUGUCUACCGCUAUACAAUAGAAAUUCUAAAACUGAAUCAUAAACGCUGAAUACCCAAAUAUUUUAUGAUCAUAGAUUUACAUAUACACUAACCAGAAAUAUAAAAGAAAUUUGAAUAAAUUGUAUUCACAUUUGUGCAUGUUUAUUAAAGUA